GAGGUGGGCAGGACCAAUUCUUAAAGGAUCCACGCCCCGUCAGUAGAGGGUGACUCCAUGUAGACCGGAUGAUGGCGGCCGGCGUGGCCGUAGCACUGGCCCUGUGGCUACUCCUGCCAGCAGUAGGAGUGGGAGAGGCGGGGCCGCCGCCCAUCCAGGACGGCGAGUUCACAUUUCUGCUUCCCGCCGGGAGGAAGCAGUGUUUUUAUCAGUCCGCACCGGCCAAUGCUAGUCUUGAGACCGAGUACCAGGUGAUCGGAGGUGCUGGGCUGGACGUGGACUUCACCUUGGAGAGCCCUCAGGGUGUGCUGUUGGUCAGUGAGUCUCGAAAGGCUGAUGGGGUGCACACGGUGGAGCCAACUGAGGCUGGAGACUACAGGCUGUGCUUUGACAACUCCUUCAGCACCAUCUCAGAGAAGCUCGUGUUCUUUGAGCUCAUCUUUGACAGCUUCCAAGAUGAGGAGGAGGUAGAAGGAUGGGCUGAGGCUGUGGAGCCUGAAGAGAUGCUUGAUGUCAAAAUGGAAGACAUCAGGGAAUCCAUAGAGACCAUGAGGACCCGGCUGGAACGGAGCAUCCAGAUGCUCACUCUGCUCCGAGCCUUUGAGGCUCGUGAUCGUAAUCUUCAAGAAGACAAUCUUGAACGGGUCAACUUCUGGUCAGCUGCCAAUAUGGCUGUGCUGCUGCUGGUGGCCGUCCUGCAGGUCUGCACACUGAAGCGCUUCUUCCAUGACAAGCGCCCUGUACCCACGUAGCCCCUGCCACGGAGGAUGAAGGAAACAGUGGAGGGCAGCGGGUGUGUGACUUGCUGGACACCUCCCAGCCUCAGAUGAGACAGUGCAUAGUUGGGUCCUUAGCAGUGGCCCUGUGUGUCUCCCUUUCUCAGUGACCAGGGAGUGCCAUUGGCUCACAGACCCCUGGAAGCGGGAGGGAUCACCAACAGUGCCUGUUUCUUGGAAGGUGCAAGUGUUGGGCGCUGCAGUGUGGGGACAUACUGCCCCUGGAUGCCCUGGUUUUCUCCUGAAAUUGUGCCUUAGCUUCAGUCUUCAGCCAUUAGGAUGGGGUCAGGCUGUGGAGCCAUCCCUGUCCUCCAACUAGACACCCCAACCCCAGUGUCUCUGCUUUGCUCCUGGGGGUAAGCCUACUUUAUUAGGGUCUGGGAAGGAGACACAUCUGCAGAGUUCUUACCAGGACAGUCACUUUUAUUGGAAAGGAAGGAGCCCUGGCCCCUUGGCCCAGAGGGAAGCCAGCUAGUUGUUUGGUAAGAGAACUCUAGGAGAGGACCCCUUCCUUUUCUGGGUGCAGAGGACCUCAAAUAAGGCUGAGGUGCAGCUCUGCCAAAGCUGGCCUAUGAGCCUUAAGGAACAAAGGGCAUUUGUCCUGGGCACUGGAGUCAAUAAAUUAUGGUCAGAAAAGUUAA